AGACACACACACACACAAAGUCUAAAGCCCAGUCGGGGAGAAGUUCCGCUUGGGGGGCUGGUGCCCGCCGACAGAGCAGCUCGGCGGCCCCGGACGCCCCAGUCGACCGGGCUUUAAGGAUGACGGGACUCCCGCUCAAAGGCGCCGCACUGCGCAGGCGUGAAACCCGCAACCUCGGGCGCUACCAUCGGGCCAGGCCACGGGGGUGGGGGAAGGAGGUAUGACCCACAGCUUUCUCGUCCUUCGCGCUCGCAACUCUAGUCCUAAUCUCAGAAGAGCACCGGAUGUGACGUGCGAGCCAAAAUAGCACCGCAGGGGCGGGAGCGGCUGUGAACACAUCAUGAAGGACGAGCGAUGUGCUAGGAGCACCCUGGGGAACUUGACCACGAAUGACACACAGCCCCAAGACCACCUUUGACCACCUUCAGCCAAGCUAUGCAUGCCAGAGGCCCCCCUGGCCUACUGACCCGGUCACUGCCUCUCGCUUCCUCUCUCCUGAUGCUGCUAAUGAGCGGCCUGUGGCUGCUGGGGGCCGGCCCCAGCCUCGUCCUGGCCCCAGAGCUGCUGCUGGACCCUUGGCAGGCGCACCGGCUGUUGACACAUGCCCUGGGCCACACAGCCCUCCCCGGCCUGCUGCUGAGCCUGCUGCUCCUGCCCACGCUGGGCUGGCAGCAGGAGUGCCACCUGGGUACGCUGCGGUUCCUGCAUGCCUCCACGCUGCUCGCCCUGGCCUCCGGGCUGCUGGCUGUGCUGCUGGCAGGCCUUGGGGUGUCCAGCGCAGCCGGGGGCUGCGGAUACAUGCCUGUUCACCUGGCCAUGCUGGCGGGGCAGGGUUACCACCCUAGACGGCCCCACGGGGCACGGCCACCGUGGCUCCUGCCGUGGCUGCUGCUCGCCCUGACGCCACUGCUCAGCUCCGAGCCACCCUUCCUGCAGCUCUUCUGUGGCCUCCUGGCUGGCCUGGCCUACGCGGCUGGGGCCUUCCGGUGGCUGGAGGUCUCUGAGCGGCGGCUGCAGGUGCUGCAGGAGGGCAUCCUGUGCAGGGCCCUGGCGGGCUGCUGGCCACUCCGGCUCCUUCCCAGCCCAGGCGGCCCCACUGAGCUGCCUGUCAUCCAUCGUGCUGGAGUGAGGCCCCCCACCCCUGGACCUCCUUACAUGGCCUCCCCUAGCCUCUGGCCCCUCAGAGAAAGCUCAGCCCGGCUCCAACCAGGCCUGGGGCCUGUGCAGCCGCCUUGGGAGGGCUCCUCAGAGGCGGGACUGACCUGGUCUGGGCCCAGCUUCCCCCCGGGGACCCCGCUGUGGGCAGCCCUGGACGAGCAGCUGCUGCAGGAGGGGAUCCAGGCCUCUCUCCUUGAGGGGCCAGCCCAGGGUCCCGAGAGCCCACUCUGGCUGCCUAAGUUCUCUGUCUCCUCUCUGCGGCUGCAGCAACUGGAGCGCAUGGGCUUCCCCACGGAGCAGGCGGUGGUGGCCCUGGCAGCCACGGGCCGUGUGGAGGGUGCUGUGUCACUGUUGGUUGGCGGGGAGAUGGGCACUGAGGCGCUGGUGACUCAGGGGAGGGGUGGGCCCGCCCACCCUGAGGGUCCUGGGCCCCCCUAGCACAGGCAGGCCCUCAGAUGAGAAGAGGCCCGGCCUGUGGUAGGGAAGUCAGAGCCCAGCCCUGUCUGCUGAGAGCCAGGGUGGGUUCAGGGAUGGCCCCCCAGUACCCUGCCCUGGUAUCAUUUAGAAUAAAAACCAGUUCACUUUUCAACCU